AUGGCCAAGUCCACCCACUCGAAAAUCAAGCGCAAGUUCCGCGCCAUCAAGCGAACUGCCGUGUUUGCUCCCGUCGAGUCCGAGAGACUGAAGCGGCUGGCUCAAAAGCAGGCCGAGGCGGCACUCAAGUCGCCUGCCCACAUCGAUGCCAACACCACCAUGGAGACCGAGGCCGCAGAGCCAGAGCAGGACGAGCGGGUAGGCCGGCGAUCGAACCGAGAACAAGAGUCAUCCGAGAGCAUGCAGACCGAUGGCCAGGCAAAGUCGCUCGGCCAGACGAGCAAGCUGGAGAAGGAGCGACUGUUCAUGAACAAGAACCAGUUCAAGCGCAAGAUGAAGGCCAAGGCCAUCAGCAAGGCAGGCCGCAAGUCGGGCAAGAUUACCAAGCGAAAGUAA